UUGGUGUGGCCCUCUCCGCCUGUUCUUCGGUUCUGUUGCUGUGUCUGAGUUAGGAUAGUCGUUAGAAGCUGUAAAGCCCAAACAUGGCAGUGUAAAGGCGCGCGGCAGCAACUUUUGCAGCGGCAAAAACUCGCAGUGCAACGGCUAAGUGCACUGGCUAUUUCUUGCAAAAUGGCGUCUCUCUCAGCAACCACCCUCAGCUUUGCUGCCCUCGACAGCAGUACCGGACCCCUCGACUUGCCGUCAGAACCCAGUUUGUUUUCCUACACCCUACUGAGGCUACCACUGAACAGCAGCAGCCAUGACGCUCUCCCAGCUUGCCGUGGAGGACAUGGAGGCCCUGUGCUUAGGGUCCUCGUUUUUGAUGGCUGACCCCUUAGGGCCCCUUCUGGACCAAGAUGAAGAAGAAGCUUUUUCUCCUUCCUCCUCUUUUGAGGUGAAGGCGCCUGCUUCGCCCUCCCUCUCUUUCUCCUCUUCCUAUGCAUCUUCCACAUCUCCUUAUCAGAUAAUGUCAUUUUCCCCGCUCCCCUCCGCCUCCCCGCCUCCAUCUCCUCCCCUCGCUCCUUCCCCCACCUACCUGGAGACCAAGGCCGACGCCGACCUGCUGUCCCUCUCCCUGCUGGGUGCCGCUGAUCUGCUCGGUGGCCACGGAGCAGGCGAUGGCAGAGUUGAUGAUUUGGGCGACAUGGACUGGAUGUCGGAAAAGAUCGACCUGAGCGACUUUGACCUGGAGUCCCUCAUGGGCUCCUGUUCAGCCGACGAGUCCCCCAGCUCCCCGGGAGAUCUCCUGGCCUCCCUUGAUUCCCACAUGGAUCUCGAUUCAUUUGACACAACAAUCUCAUCCCAGCACUGCAGCCUAGAACCACCGCUGCCAGAGCCGGACGUCCCCUCCCGCCCCCUGGAAACUCCUCCUGUGGCUGAAGAUGAGGAAAAUGAGGUGGUUGCUGAUCAGGUUGUGAAGUCUGAGCCUUCAUCCCCAGAGCCCUCGUCUCCCUCUUCUCCAGCCUACACAUUGGAGCUGGGGAGUGAGGUUGAUGUUCUGGAUCUUGAGAAAAUGUCCCCGUCCGUCACCCCCACCCUGAUCUCUGACCCUUGUGAAAUCCUUCAGGCCCCCAGUCAAAUUUUGGUCUCUCUUCCCACCACCGUUCUAGUGGUUCUUUCAAACAAAGACGAACCCCCCGUCAUCUCUCUCCCCGAUCUGUCCAUCAGCAGCUCUCAGUCGAGCGACUCCGAAAGCGACUCCGGCUUCGAGUCGACCGCCGGGUCGCCCACGCGUCACCCGUCUCCUCCCGGCUCCCCUGCCACCGGUUCCUCCAGAACCAAGCCCUACUGCAAACCCGAGCCGCUCUCCCCCAAGACCCCCAAAGUCAAAUCGGUGUCCGGCGCGCCCAAGGUGGUCGAGAAGAAGCUGAAGAAGAUGGAGCAGAACAAGACGGCUGCCACUCGCUACCGGCAGAAGAAGAGGGUGGAGCAGGAGCAGCUGAACUCGGAAUGCGAAGACCUGGAGAAGAGAAACAACGAGCUGAGAGAGAAGGCCGAGUCCAUCAGCCGAGAGAUCCAGUACCUCAAGGACCUGAUGGAAGAAGUUCGCAAACACCACCGUGGGAAGACCGUCGUCUCCGUAGCUUAGGCGGCAAGAUGUGGCGCAAACUCCCUAAGGGUUGUGGCAUGUUUAGUUUCUGCUUCUGUGUUCAUAUGCUCUAGCAACAAUUUGUAGUGUCAGGCGUUCAUUUUAGGAAAUUAAAGGUCUGCGAAGGUGUUGAAACAGAUUCCUGAACAGGAAACGUUUGAGAGCUUUGAGAAGAGUAUGAAAGUUCAGACUAGUUAGUUAGCAGGGGUCUGGGAGGUAGUUAGGUGAAGCAUCUGUACAUGCUGGUCUCUCAGUCCCCUGUUUGAUCCCUCUUCAGGCGCUCCCUGUACAAACAGGCAGGCAGUGUUUCAUUUUUUUUUCUUUUUCUUUUUUGCUAGACUAGGCAUGCAAAACAGGAACCAAAGUAGCGCCUGGUAGGGUUGUAGAUUUUUUUUUUUUUUUUUUU